UGGGAAGUAACGGGAACCAGCCUCUACUGCGCAUGCUUGAGGGCAAAAGUCAAUGCAACGUAGAAAACCAAGGUGAUUUAACCAUAGACACAUGUACAUAUGUCAAUGGAUUUAACAACCAAAGAAUACCUCAACGGUACACUUUUUUGAUCGUGAAUGUCAUUAUGUGCAGCAGUUUGUGAAACAAUUGUUGUUUUGGUCCAGAGGUCUUGGGAAAAUAUUUAUUAAAAUGUGGAUAUUUUAUUGCCCUCAACAUGCGCAGUACAGACGUACUUCCAAGACUUCACAAGCUUUGGUUCGCUGAAGGCGUGCUUUUCCUGUCUAGUUAAAAUUGCAUGCCGACAGCCCGUGUUUUCUCCAGCACUUCGCUAGUUUGGCGAUGGUCUCGUAAGAAACUGCACUAGAACGGAAAAACAAAGCAGACGCCACGUGACGUCUUUACUACGGUACCCACCGAGAGCAUAUAGGACCAUAUAAUCAAAUACCGAGUUCAGGAGGGGUAUCUAGCUACCUCUCCAUAGACUCCCAAAAUCAUCAUGGGGGGCCGAAAUGGUAGGAGGGAGCGGAGGAAGAAGAGACGGGACAGAAGUCAGAACGUCGAUCAAACAGUGAACCUGUGCCAUGACUCUCAGUAUGUGGAACUAAGGAAGUGGCUCAACAAACGAGGCUUUAACUCCAAAUCCCUGAUCCCAGCGCAUUUCUCGAACACUGGGAGAGGACUCAUGACGACAAAGGCUAUACCGGUGGGUGGUCUGGUUGUGUCCCUGCCGGAGAGCUGUCUGAUGACCUCACAGACUGUCCUUAGCAGCUACCUGGGCAAAUACAUCAAGAGGUGGAAGCCCUCAGUGUCUCCUGUGUUAGCCCUCUGCGUCUUCCUCAUUUCUGAGAGACAUUUGGGGGCGGGGUCACAGUGGAAGCCUUACAUUGAUGUCCUUCCCAAAACCUACACAUGUCCUGUCUAUUUUUCUGAUGAUGUCAUCAGCCUGUUGCCGGGAGACCUACAUAAUAAGGCUUUGGAUCAGAGGGGCAGGGUCUUGGAGCUCUUCUCCUCCUCUCUGCCAUUUUUUCGUUCACUGCAGCCUCUUUUCAAACGGCCCGUGGAUGAAAUUUUCACCCACGAUGCUUUGCGGUGGGCAUGGUGCAGUGUGAACACGCGCACCGUGUACAUGGAGCGCCCGCAGACCCAGUACCUCUCACGGGAGCAGGAUGUGUACGGCCUGACGCCAUACCUCGACCUGCUGAACCACUGUGCCUUAGUGCAGGUAGAUGCUGGGUUCAGCCAGGAGACGCGGUGCUACGAGAUCCGCAGCAGACAGGGCUGCAGGAAGUUCCAGCAGGCCUUCAUCUGCUACGGUCCCCAUGACAACCAGAAGCUCCUGCUGGAGUACGGCUUUGUUGCCCUGGGAAACCCUCACAGCGUGGUCUAUGUGGAUCCAAGUGACCUACAGCUCUGUCUCUCUGGAGCAGUGCAGCAGUUUGCCCAGAAGCUGCUGUUCUUGAAGCAGUAUGACUUCUUAGCAAACCUGACUUUUGGGCUUGAUGGAGCCUCCUGGAGGUUGAUGACUGUGCUCAGAUUGCUGUCCCUCAAACCAGACCAAUACUCAUGUUGGAAAGGUGUCCUAUUGGGGGCAGCAGUGAGUCAGGACAGAGAGGAAUGGAGUGUUCACUUGGCCAGGAUGUUGUGUCAGUACCUUGGGGAUGAAAACACUAAAGCGCUGCAGAGGUUGUCUGUCCUGAAGCAAGAAGCAGGGGCUGCUGUGAGGGAACAGCUAGCUGUGGUGGAAUGUCUCAGACUUGAGGCCCAGGGCAUUCUGGGAAAUUCACAACAAGUCCUGAAGAAUCUCCAGGAGGAAGCCCCGCCAAGUGAUGUUUCUCUACCCACAUAAGGAAUGUGUGUAACAAGGCCGGCUGAAGGAGGAAUCCACCCUCAUGAUCAUGGUCUAUAUGUCAAAAGGGUCUCCCAGCCAUAGUGGGGUGCCCAGGUGAUCUUCCGGGUCAAUGGACCAUAGCUUUCCAAUGUCCAAGUAAAGCAGAGAUGAUGGUCUGGACUAGAAGUGGAGGACCAUGUGAGACGGGCCCUGUCUGAGGGAAAAGUGGGCCCUGAUGCUGCCUGAGGACUUUUUGCCUGAGGGGAAAUUUAGCAUUGCAGUUCAGUCAGGGUCUUCAGUACUUAUUGUGCUGGCCCUUCGGUUUCCAGGAAUGUGCCUUCCCUGUGAAAGGGGCUGUUGUCAGAUCAUUGCACAGAGGAAUACAAUGAACAUUUUUUUUAAAUUGUGUGUAAGUUCCUGCUUAUGUCCUGUAUGUGGCACUAUGGGAACAUGUUGUGGCACUCAUCUUUUUCUCAGACAGCAGGUGGAAAAACAAUAAGCAGUCUUGCGUUUUAAAGUACACACUUGAUUACCUGCUUGUGGACUGGGGUAGUACUGCCGAGCACAAUUGUUGAGCGUGUGCACCAAACAUGUGGGCGUGUCUCCGAGUUUUACAGAUUUAGCAAUUCCUCCGUGCAAAUUUUUUUCAACUCCGCUAAAGCAGAUGGAGAGCGUUGGUGGACAGCAAUUGUCAGGUCAUACUACAAUUUCUCAGAUGGAUUUGUCCAUGGAUUUGGCUGGGCCAUUCCAGAAUACUGGCAUUUCUCAUUGUAAACUCCAGGUGUGAUUUAAUGUUGGCCUUUUCAGAAGUGGCUUCUAUUUAGCCACUCCCCCACUGGACAGAUCUUUGAAGGGCUGAAGAGAUUAUUGAUCUCUGGGCAGUUUCUCAUUUCAGCCAAUUCUUUCCCAUUUUAUUACAAUGGAAAUAAUAAUGCUCAUAGGAAGGUUCAAAGCUUUGCCAAUUAUUUUUAUAACUUUCUCCAGCUUUAAACUUCCUAAUGUCGUCUCACAGUUCCAUUGGCAGUUACUUGAGCUUCAAGUAGCAUGUGUGAUCUGAUAUGCUCUUUCAAUUGAGACCUCACAAAGUUGGUGAUAUUCAUUCUGAAAUCAUGCAGUUGUGACCAACACAGGUGAAUCUGAAGUCAACAAAGGUGGAUCUUGUAUUCCAUUUUCACAUUAAAUACAUAAACUGGCCCAAUUUAGGUGAAUAGUACUGAAGUCAUUUUCAGGUUUUUAUUUUCAAUAAAAUGUAUUUAUUAAAUCAUAUUGUAGAGGUUUACAUGCGAGUAGAAAAAAAACCCCACUGAAAUAUUUUAAUUUGACUUUGCAAUUCAGCAAAUGAGAAAUAAUCAAUGGGGAGUGUAACUUUAUAAAGGCACUGUCUAUGGGUACUGUACUGGGUAUGUUUACUUAACUUCUCAGGGAAUAACACCAUGUCUGGUAAUAAUUUUGGUAAAGUAUGCUGGGAAAGCAAAAUACUUGUUGGCUAAUAAGAUUUGUGUAACCUGCAUCGGGCAUCUGAGAAAGCUCUUUUUGGUGGUGGGAGGAACAUGCAUUAAUGUGUGCUACUUUUGCAGUUGUCUUUCUUACCAAUUACACAAGCAUGUGGGGAAUUUGUAUGAA